CACAUGAGUGUGGGUAAAAGGCAGAUGGCAGACACUCCUGAGCACAAAUCUAAUUCGCUUUGCAUCCUGUGGAGUAAUGGGAGAAGAAAAGAACCAGGUGGGAGAGCUGCCCCUGCCGGACGAGUUCCCAGAACCAUGUGUGGACGAUGACGAGGAAAAGAGGGACAAUUCUGCCGCCAUGGAGGACAGCGUGGGUGAAAAGGCAGAGAAAUGCAGCCCAAACGUGCUGGAGAUGCUGAAGGCAGCAGAGAGCAGGAGGUCGUCUCAGGAUCGGGACAAAGACAGGCCAGAGGCGGACGAGGCCGGGACAAAAGAGCCCAUUGCUGAGGCUCUAAAGACUAACAUGCAGAUCCAGUUCAAUGAUGAGAAACAAGAAUUCAACAAACUGCCCAACAAAUCGGGCCAUCGCUCGAUGCCCCGAUCCACCUCUCAGUCAUCUACAGACAGCUUCAGCUCAGUGAGCAAUGAGAGCUCUGAAGACGAACUGUCACCACAAAACAAACAGCAGAAGAACUCCAAAGGCUUCAGUGACUUCUGCAUUAAAAACAUCAAACAAGCUGAUUUUGGUCGCAAAGAAAUAGAGAUUGCCCAACAAGAAAUGUCUGCAUUGAUGAUUUUGAGGAAAAAAACGGGGGGAGAGAAACCUCUGGCUGGAGCGAAUGUUGUGGGGUGUACACACAUCACUGCACAGACGGCGGUCUUGAUUGAAACUCUGGCAGCUUUAGGAGCUCAGUGUCGCUGGUCUGCCUGCAACAUUUUCUCCACCCAGAACGCUGUCGCCGCCGCUCUGGCUGAAGGUGGAAUCUCAGUGUUUGCCUGGAAAGGGGAAUCGGAGGAUGACUUCUGGUGGUGUAUUGACCAGUGUGUUGCUGCUGAUGGAUGGCAACCCAACUUGAUUCUGGAUGACGGAGGAGACAUGACCCACUGGAUCUAUAAAAAGCAUCCGUCUUCGUUUAAGAAGUUGAAAGGCAUUGUGGAGGAAAGUGUGACGGGAGUAUAUCGGUUGUACCAGCUCUCAAAGAAAGGCAAACUGUGUAUUCCUGCCAUGAACGUAAAUGACUCUGUGACCAAGCAAAAAUUUGACAACCUUUAUUGCUGCAAAGAGUCGAUAGUGGACGGGUUAAAGAGAACUACGGAUGUCAUGUUUGGAGGAAAGCAGGUGGUUGUGUGCGGAUAUGGGGAAGUCAGUGAGAUGAUAUUAUACAAUGUGUGUCCUCAUGUUAAGACCUCGUAUUUAAAUGAGCCCAGCAGCUUCUUUUCCUUUUCUGUGCAGGUUGGCAAAGGCAGCUGUGCUGCCCUGAAAGCACUCGGCGCCAUCGUUUACGUCACAGAAGUGGAUCCCAUUUGUGCCCUUCAGGCGUGCAUGGAUGGCUUCAGAGUGAUUACCCUGACGGAAAUCAUCAGACAGGUAGACAUGGUCAUCACCUGUACAGGAAACAGGAACAUUGUGGGAAGAGAACAUUUUGACAAAAUGAAAAGUGGCUGCAUAGUUUGCAACAUGGGACACUCCAACACUGAAAUAGAUUUGGCAUCUCUGCAGACGACAGAGCUGAAGUGGCAGAGAGUGAGGCCUCACGUCGACCACAUCGUCUGGCCCGAUGGCAAGCGAGUUAUUCUGCUGGCUGAGGGCCGGUUGCUGAAUCUGAGCUGCUCCACUGUCCCGUCGUUUGUUCUUUCCAUCACAGCCACGACUCAGGCUUUGGCUCUAAUAGAACUGUACAACGCCCCUGAUGGUCGAUACAAACAAGACAUCUACCUACUGCCAAAGAAGAUGGAUGAGUAUGUAGCCAGUCUCCACCUGCCUACAUUUGACGCUCACCUCACAGAACUCACAGACGAUCAGGCCAAAUACUUGGGUAUCAGCAAAUAUGGACCCUUCAAACCCAACUAUUACAGGUAUUAAACUUCUCUGUAGCAGCUUGAAUGGAGCAACGGCGCCCUCUGCAGUCGAAUGCACAGAGGACGACAUCAGUUUUAUUUUGUCUUUAAGUUGUUUUUUGUGCAGUUGAUGUUCCUGCUUAGAUUCUCUAUCAGUCUUACAUCUCAUCUCUAUAUAUACAUCACUUUAAAUUAAGGAGCAAAACGAACAGCUUAGUCUGAACCCUUCAAGAGACACGACAGGUUCUGUCCACAAGGGGGCGCAAGAGUCUCUUUGUUUUAGAAAAGUUACUCUCUCUCAGAAGCUUCAUCUGGUGGUAAAUGUCUGACAUAAUUACAUUUAAACCAAUGUGAGUGUGUCUAUGUUUCUAUAAAUUUACAUUGAAUAUGUUUUUCUUUUCAAAAUAUUAAAAUUUGAGGAGAAAAACAGUUUUAAGAUUGAAACCCAUGUUUAUUAAACUACACACAUUCAUUUAUUUAGGGUAAAAGAUAAGACAACUUUUUUUGCUGAAACCCAAGUCUGUUGAGUGGACAAAGAUGAAACAACAUCUCCAUGUACAUCUCUGCAAAGAUUAUUUUGAUGUUUUUAUGUAUCUUUAGAAUGAACCACUUUAAUAAACGAUCUGUGUAAAGAAAAAAACUGGUGUUCAAUACAGAGAAAUAGGAAGUGUUUCAUAUUUGUCAUAUUAAAAUAUUUUCUGAG